AAGUUUUUGAGAACUGGUAAAGGAAAAAGAGACAGGAUUGAAAUCCUAGGGUUGUGUUCCUUUUGGUGACAACUGUAACAUUGGCGGUUGUAGCUGCUAGUGGUUGGACUGUUUUUGGAAGGAACCUUUCUCUUUAUGACAGUAAAGUGUAGAAGAGUGACAUUAAUCCAAAAAGCUACAUAAGUUGUAAGCGCUAUUAUGGUGAAACUGUCGCCUUUAAUGUUUCUGAAAGCCAUCUGGUUAGAGUUGUCCUUGGUCAAGAAUAUAAGUAGAGAGGAGGGUAGCGUUAGUAGUAUGUGCGAAAGGGAAACAAGGAGAGUUUGUGUAUUGCCUUGUAAAAAGUGCUGCUGACCUGCCUCUUCUCUUAAUUCCCUGAAGGUCGUGAUAGUGUGGUAGUGGUAGUUGUCAAAAUUAUUGAAAAGGGGACAACGAACUAUCUCAAAAACAGCUUGCAGUUGGAUCCAAGACGAAAUAACAACAACAAGUGUGAGUCCAAGCUCAACAAGCUAUGAUGUGGCUAUUUAAUGGACAAGGAUUUGUAUUUCUAUCUGUUACUGUUUUCUCCGUUGUUGUAAGUGAAUAGAGAAUCUUCAUUGCUUUAUUCAUUUAGAAUUGUGCAUUGAAAUUAAUAAAUGGGACAUCAAUGAAUAGUCAUUGUCACAAAAAAAAUGCUAAUGUUGAAAAGACGCAAGGCAUCAUUUAGAUACGAACAGCCUACUCUUUUACCUGACUGUCAACAGAGAUUGCGUAGGAUACUUAUUUUGAACAGCAGUGCGAGCAACACUGACUUUCUUGCGCUUCUAUCGAGAGAACUAUUAAAUAGAAUCCAACGGUUGAGUGAAGGUUUCUCCAUAGCUUGUCAAAAGGAGCUUCUCAAAUCUUUUCAAGGGACCAACAAUUGUAAAGGGUUAAGAACUGCCUUGAAUCAAGCAGCACAAAGCUCAUACGGUCAAGUCCAAGGCAACAUAAGUCAUGAAACUUCCAAUAACAGUGGAUUCUUUACGGCGAAUGGCAACUCUAGAAUAGCAGCUUCCAAUAGUACUGAAUCUUCUCCUGCUGUUGGUAUCUUUCUAGAUUCCGUUCGUUUUUCAUUCUUGAUUCUUACAUAUGGCAGCUUUUCUUGUAGACAUGUACAACUUGGCAUAGUCAAGCAGCUUAUCUAACUCUAAUUUUCAAAGGUCGAACGCCUUUGGGUUUAUGAAUUCGUUAUUUUCCAUAAAGAAACAAGUUGGAAGCGCAGUGAAUAAUCAAACCGA